AUGCGCUCUUCAGCUGUAGGUAUUCUCGUUGUUACUACAUGCCUUAUCUUAUUACUUCGUCGUGAAAAAGAAAACGCAUCAGUGUCCGAUGAUGAAAAAACAGAAAGUCUUACUUUACUCGAAACUUAUCUUGCAAUUUGGAGACUUUUCAAGAAGAUAUAUAUUCAACAGUUGACUCUCGUUGCACUACUUCCUCCAAUAGGAAUAUUAGCUAUCAAUUAUAUGACUCAUUUAUCACUCAUAAAGCAAGAUGUACCACGUGAAUAUUUAGCUCUGAUCAAAAUAUCAGUGACUCUCAUCACACUUAUAGCACCUCUAAUUAUUCGUGAUACAACACGACCUCUCACAUGGUUUGCUCGAUCUUAUUCGUUGUAUCUUGUCAGUAGCAUACCAAUUGUUGUUUAUGCCUAG